GCGACGUGGGUAGGGAGGCGGGGGGAGCGGCUGGGUCGGCUCGGAUCGGCGCUGCCGCCGGUGGCAGCGGGGGGGAGCCGGCCAUGGAUCCCACCGCGCUGGAGCUGGACGCGGUGAAGUUCGCGCAGCUGGCGGUGCAGCGGGACCACAGCGGGCGCUACCAGGAAGCGGUCUUCUACUACAAGGAGGCUGCACAAGCCUUGAUUUAUGCUGGGAUGGCAGGGUCCAACUUGGAAAAUAUUCAAGAAAAAAUAAAUGAGUACUUGGAGAGAGUUCAAGCUCUCCAUACAGCAGUUCAGUCACAGAACAGAGACCCUCUGAAGUCAAAACAACAGUUGGACUUGGAGCGUGCUCACUUCCUAGUUACACAGGCUUUUGAUGAAGAUGACAAGGGCAAUGCAGAAGAAGCUAUAGAGCUGUACACAGAAGCGGUGGAACUCUGUUUGAAAACAGCUACUGAAACUUCAGAAGCAGGCCUCCAGUCAAAACUGAAACAGCUGGCUCGGCAGGCCCUGGAUAGAGCAGAGGCACUGAAGGAAUCUGUGUCUAAGUCAUCUCAGAAGGAGAAGUUAACUGCAGCUAAACCAAAUCAGCCGGUCAGAACAUUCUUUCCACUGGGACCUGAUUUUUCUUUAAAUGAUAAACCACAGACAAUCAGAGCAGUACAAGCUAGUGAAUCUCAAGGACAGAGAUACACUGCAGAGGAGAUCGAAGUACUCAGGAAGACUUCAAAAAUUAAUGGCAUUGAAUAUGUACCUUUCAUGAGUGUUGAUCUGAGGGAACGUUUUGCCUUCCCUAUGCCAUUUUCUGAUAAAUGUGGGAAGUUACCAUUAUCCCCCAAACAGAAAGCGAUAUUUGCCAAGUGGGUGCGACCAGAUGACAUAACAAAUAACCCUACGAUGAUUUAUACUGUAUCAAGUUUCAGCAUAAAGCAGACAAUAGUGUCAGAUUGUUCUUUCGUGGCAUCGCUAGCUAUCAGUGCAGCAUAUGAAAGAAGAUACAACAAAAAACUGAUCACAAGUAUAAUUUACCCUCAGAAUAAGAAAGGAGAACCAGAAUAUAAUCCGUGUGGCAAAUACAUGGUGAAGCUUCAUAUCAAUGGUGUACCUAGAAAGGUAAUCAUAGAUGACCAGUUACCUGUUGAUCAUAGCGGGGAGCUUCUCUGCUCUUAUUCUAACAAUAGGAAUGAAUUAUGGGUAUCACUGAUAGAAAAGGCUUACAUGAAGGUCAUGGGAGGAUAUGAUUUUCCUGGAUCAAAUUCUAAUAUUGAUCUCCAUGCGCUGACUGGUUGGAUACCUGAAAGAAUUGCUAUGCACUCUGACAAUCAAGCUUUCAAUAAAGAUAGUACUUUCAGAAUGCUUUAUCAGAGAUUUCACAAGGGAGAUGUCCUUAUCACGACAGCAACAGGGGUGAUGUCUGAAGAGGAAGGAGAAAAAUGGGGUUUAGUUCCAACCCAUGCAUACGCAGUCUUGGAUAUAAGAGAAUAUAAGGGACUUCGAUUUCUUCAGUUGAAAAAUCCCUGGAGCCACUUACGUUGGAAGGGACGAUACAGUGAAAAUGACACAAGAAAUUGGACCCCAGAUUUACAAAAAUACUUGAACUUUGAUCCAAGAACAGCUCAGAAAAUAGACAAUGGCAUUUUCUGGAUUGCCUGGGAGGACCUAUGCCAGUACUACGAUGUUAUUUAUUUGAGUUGGAACCCAAGUCUUUUUAAAGAAUCUACAUGUAUUCACAGUACUUGGGAUGCGAAGCAAGGCCCGGUGAAGGAUGCCUACAGCCUGGCUAAUAAUCCUCAAUACAAGCUCGAGGUCCAGUGCCCACAAGGUGGUGCUGCCGUCUGGGUUUUGCUUAGCAGGCACAUCACAGAUAAGGAUGACUUUGCACACAAUCGGGAAUUCAUUACAAUGGUUGUAUACAAGACUGAUGGCAAAAAAGUUUACUACCCAGCUGAUCCUCCUCCAUAUAUUGAUGGUAUUCGGAUCAACAGUCCUCAUUAUCUGACCAAGAUAAAGCUGACCUCUCCAGGGCCCCAUACGUUUACCUUAGUGGUGUCCCAGUAUGAGAAACAAAACACGAUCCAUUACACCAUCAGAGUGUACUCCUUGUGCAAGUUCACCUUUUCCAAGAUUCCUACACUUUACACCAUUUCCAAACGGGUUAACGGACAGUGGAAAGGUCACAGUGCUGGAGGAUGUGGAAAUUUCAGAGACACCUACAAAAAUAACCCCAUGUAUCAAUUCCAGCUGGACAAGAAUGGGCCAUUAUUAAUUGAACUACGUGGACCAAGGCAAUACAGCGUUGGUUUUGAACUCGUCACGGUCUCAACAGUAGGAGAUCCUGGUUCCUACGGCUUUCAGAAAAUGAGCAGUGGUGACUACAGGUGUGGAUUUUGCUACUUGGAAGUGGAGAACAUAUUUGCUGGCGUUUACAACAUUAUCCCCACCACAUUCCUGCCACAACAAGAGGGUCCUUUUUUCUUAGAUUUUAACAGUGCUACUCCUCUUAAGGUAUCACAGCUGCAGUGAGGAGACAGACCUGUGCAAUACCAUUUAAGGAGGUGGUUUUGAUAUGUCCUGCAGCCUGAGAACAGGUGAAUAACUCUUACUACACAUAUGUGUAAAAAGAAAAUUACAUUCUAAGUUAUAGCCAAAAGCAUGGCAUCACUGAUUGGCCAGUUAAGGGUGGUGGGCUCUUAGCUGUAGUUUUUGCUGCUAUGGUAUGGGAGCAAGCACUGAUCGAGAGGCUUGUGAAGGGGCUGAAAUUCUUGUAUUCAAAUGAACUGGCAGAACUUGUUUAUUGCAGUUUUUCCACACUUCAAAUCAAAGUCUAGUGAGUUAAGAGGAAAACUAACAUUGAAGUUCCCUUCUCCCAAAAUACAGGGUAUAUGGGUUUAGGAUUUUAUUCUUAAAGUAAACAUGUAAGGAAAAAAAUAUUAUUGUGUAUUCUGCUUAUUCAGUCUCAGGACCAAAUAGCUUUUACUACAUAUUUGUGCUGCUAUCUUGAAUGUUUUCAGCAUUGAACUAGUUCUCACAUCUAAAUGUACAUUUUCUACUGCUGAGCAUGUAGUAUUCCAGACUAACAUGCUCAGCUGAUCUAGAAUAUGUAUACAGGAGCAAAGGACAAAGGAAGAUUGAUACUUUUGCUAUUUCUAAAAGAAAAGCAGUGGCUUCACUCGUAUUACACCUACUUUGAGAACUGUUAUUAUGUAUAAAGUAAUACAGGUAUGAAGUAUUACAGAACAAGAUACUCUGUGGCUUUCUUCCUACCAGCUGCAAGACCUAGCUUUAUCCAGGUCAGCGGUAACAUCAGGAGAUCAGCCAGCAGCAGCAUACAGACACCGCAGCACACCCUUCAUUUAGCAGGUGUGAAAAGUUUUCAUCUGAAGGUGCACUGUCAGAUUCUCUGUAUCUACUGAGGUAGUCCUAUUUGCUUGUGUGAGGAGGUAGGGAGCUACCCACCAUCACCAUCCCAGCAAAGACAUGUUUUAUCCUCAAUAUUUUUAUAAGUAUUCAGCUUGUAGGGGAAGGAUUGUUUAAACCUCUCCCCCAAUAAACCGCAGCCGCAAGAAAUGCACUUGCUGAUCCCAUUGUACAAGACAUCUUUUAAAAUAAGGUACCUUUUAAGUUGAAAACAGUGAAUGCAUUGAGCAUUUGGCCAGUGCCAUCAACAGGAGUAGGGUCAAAGUUCUUAAGAAAAUAGCAGUAGUGGGAUUAGUCCAGAAUAAGAUAUUAUUUUUUUUUCAGAAGCCAACUAUCUGCACUCUUCCUCCAGAAGAUCCAUAUACAUUGUAUCUGAAAAGGAUUAAAGAUAAGCAAGUUUUUCUUUUUAAUUUAAAUUCUAACUGCCUCACUGAUCCUAAAAUGCAUUGGGUUUUGUCCUUUUACGAAUGGCAGACUUAAGAUUUCACAGCUGGGGGAGAGGGUGUUUUUAAAACAGCCACAGGAAGUUCUUUGCCAUUCAGGUUGGUUUGGCAGUUUUCCAAACAGAAAGGUAGCAUUUAAAUCUUAUUUUAGAGCACAGGUGCCACUUGGGAAACUGAGCACACAUGCUACAGGAGUACCAGAAAUGUUAUCUGUGGGCUAAAAUUGUUCCUGUGGAAGUCUGCUAUUAGCCCUCUCCAGAAAAUACAAGAUCCAUUUUGUUUAAUUUCCUUCAUCAGACAGCUGCUUAACAAAUGUCUAGCUUUAAAAGGUCGUUGAAAACACAUGCCCUUCUGACUGCCGUUCUCUCAAAGACCAUCUGGGCUAGGAAAUUUGUGACAAGUUUGUCACAGUGUGUCUUACCAUCUUUCCCAGGGAAAUUUCUGAUGAUUAUUGCAGCAAAUCAACACAGGGAACAGCAUGGGCACAAGCUGAGCAAAAAUCAAAUUAGGUUCUUUGUGGUUAUCCUUGGCUUUUGGGAAUAUGUGCCAAGGACUGCUUCAUCCCUACGAAAUUAAAAUUUCAUACUAGUGGCAGUGGAGCCUUGCAUAUAUUUUAUCGCCUCUGAAGUUAGAGCUCAAGUGAGUAUAUUUUUGACAGUACAAAAGGCAGAUGCCAGAACUGCCAGCUUUUAGUACUAAGUUCUUGCACAUCCUCAGCUGUUUGAGAUCAAGCUGGUAGGCUUGCCUACAGUAAAAUCUGUUGUUUUUCUUCUGUAGUUGGUUUCUGCUCUGCAGGAAGGGCUUUUUUUUUUUCUUCCCCCUUUCUCCCCCACCACUGCACUCACAAGCUAGUGCCAAAAGCUUAUGCUGGAUGAAAUGAGCAUAAGGCUCAACAUCCACAGUGUACUGAACUAAAAGCAAGGAAUGUUGUUGCUUAAUGCCAGACAAACGCUUUGAGGACAAAGGAUCCUGGGUCUCCACCAGAAUACACUAACACUUCUUACACAGUACAGUCAGGGGCUUGGGCUCACCCCCAUAACUGCACAGGAUUUAAGCUUAGGAUCAGUGUCCUUUGUAAGGCAAGUCCUAUUCAAACGUUUUACCCACCCAGGCUAUUAGAAUGCCAUCACUCCGUGUUUCCCUCCAUGUAUAAGACAGAACACUCAGGUGGAGUAUUUAAAAGGAAAUAAAUACUCCUAAGAAUAACUCUGCAGAUUCUGGUUGUGGCCAAGUAAUUUUACAACAUAGUUUUCUUGCCCUUUUUUUCUUAGAAAAAAGUUACUCCUGUAAGCACUUAAGAUUUGCUUUGAUAUAUUCUAUCAAAUACCUACUUCUCUUUUUCCCACAAAUAUAUCUGGAAAAUUACUAAAGAGCAAACCAGUCCUUAGCUUAUAACACAGCAUCAGACCAAUAUCUAAGGUUAAGCUUCCCACCACCACCGUUUAGCAUUUUUGAUACAUAUGACCAAGAAUAUUAGAGGCUGAUGUAAAUGUUAUGCAGCAAGACCUCUAGAAGGCAUGUGCAUGCAAAAGUUGAAACAGCUGCACAACAGCUCAGACCGUAACAAAGGUACAUCAGUCAUGUUACUUUACUUCCAGUUAGCGUGUCAUGCACCUCUUGACACCUAAGUCUUCUGCCUGUAAACAUGCAAUUCAAGCUUUUAAACAUGAAAAUACAAAGCCUCAUAAAGUAUACCACCGAGCACCCUGCCCUCCUGAGUUGUUUCUCACACACCGUACAGUUCUAUACUACUGCCUGAGCUACAGUGCGAGGGGGUGACUGACAAAAUGAAAGCCAGUUGCUGUAAGGGGCCUUAAGAGGAUUUAUACUUUGAGUCACUAAGGGAAGACUGCUACAAAGAAAUGAUUUCUAGUUCUCUAUCAGAGGUGCAGAGGGGAAACUGGAGAUAGCCUCAUCAGAAGUUUUGACAUUCUCCUCACUUGCACACUGCAAAGCCUUUACUGUGUAGCUUGUUUUUUUUUUUAAAUCUGCCUUAAAGCUCCAUACAUGACCCUGUAAUGCUGCUGUUUAUGGCUCAGGGUGAGAUGCCCUCCCAGACACACACAGCCCCCAGUUUUUCAUAGGAAGACACAGGUUAGUCCUUGAUUAAUCCGAACCAUCAGUUCUCAACGACUCAGUGAGCAGUAGUACAUGGGGCAGAUGGGCUGGAGGCUGUUGAUACUGCUCAUCCAUGAGUCAGAGUCAGUCCUAGGUUCCUGAUGCAAGUUUCACCUAACUGUUUUGUACAGCAGUUAUGCACCUGACUGCCCAAUCUCUGCCAUGUUUGAACAGCCAGCUAUUUAGAAUUCAGUUUGUGUACCUGUAGUAGAGAUUUUCAUUGCACAGUCAAAAAGGACAUUUAAGUUGUUUGAUAAUACCAAAGAGAAGUAGAAUUCCAAGGUUAAUGUUUGCUUUAUACAUUCUCACUUCAGGGCAGCUGAAGUGAUUAUGUAUACUUUCAUACACCAGAGGCUUAUUUUUAUACCCAUGAAGGCAGCUACCAUCAUGUUACACUUCAGAACACAGAAAGAGCUCCAACUGGAGAAAGCUUGUUCAUUUGCCUGUACCCCAUAGCAAUGUACAUUCAUUUAAGUUUGUCAUAUUUAUAAUUAUGGCUUUUAUGAAGUUUCAAAUAAAAUGAGUUUUCCAUUAA